AUGGGAAGUGUAUAUGACGGCUUGUUCAUGAUAUCAUCCAUGUUGACGUCAUCAUUCCGUCUGACUGGCAUCGUCGUCAUCUGGCUGUCCAGCGUCUGUAACUGUGUCUGGUUCUUUUGUCGUUUUACUUCCGCUUACGUCAUCAUCUCCGUCACAGUGGAGAGGACCCUGUCCAUAACAAAGCCGUUCCUUAUGGAAAAAUACAGAAAGACGCGGUUCGCCCUCAAGGUCAGCCUGGUGUUCCUUGCGCUAGGAGUCCUGGUCAUCCUGCCCCAGAUGGUGGACGAGUUCACCUACGUCACGCACGACGGCGGAUGUGACGUAGACAACCAGACCCAGGCGACCCACCUGAGCAGCGUGUACACCCUGUACGUGACCGUGACCUUGAACUUUGUCCUGCCCUUCAUGGUCGUCCUGGCCAUGAAUGUGUGGUUCGCCUGGACGCUGUUCGCCUUAAGGCGAUCAAACACUCGCCAGUGCUCGCUCCCGGCGGAAAAUGGGACCACGCCCCUGCCGUCACGUGAUGAGGGUCUCAUCAGGCUGACAGUUGGUCUCACCUGCUGGUAUACCGUCUGCUGGCUCGUGCCUGGGACCUAUUACAUCAUACGUCUUCCUACG